CGGUCGAACUUUAGCCUCCCAGUCGAACUUUGAUUUCUCUUUUAUAGUAUCUGUGCUCAAAAUCUUUAAAAUCUUCUUGUAUUGAAACAGCAAUUUAGCUUUUAUUUCCUAUCAGAAUGUCAACGGGUAAAAAAAUCAUAACUCAAACUGAAUUGGAACAGCAUAAUAUGGGAAAAUCACUCUGGAUUGCGAUACACAAUCAAGUGUACGAUGUGACGAAAUUUUUAGACGAGCAUCCUGGUGGAGAAGAAGUUCUGCUGGAACAAGCAGGACAAAAAGCAACUGAGGCGUUUGAAGAUGUUGGCCAUUCAGAUGAUGCCAGAGAGCUAAUGAAAGAUUUUCUUAUUGGUGAAUUGGCUGAGGCUGAUAAAGAACCAGAGGUUGAACAGAGUGAAGAAUUGCAAUCUUCAAAUAGUACAGCAACAGCAAUAUCAUGGCUCAUACCAGCUGCUAUAAGUAUUGGAAUUAUUGCGGUAGCUGUAUACAAGAUGAUGUCAACUUGACUAGAAAAAAUCAACGAACAUAAUUUAUGAACGUAAGAUUUCUCUGACCGUGAGGCAUGUUAAUUUUUGACCAUGUCUAAGGUUGGACUAGGGAUGAAUACUACUCUGUAAACUGUUGUAAUAAACUAGUUAAAUUUAA